ACGCCUUCCACUCAUCGGAAAACCAAAGCAUCGGCAGCAAGUGUCCAGCUGAUCAAUUCAUCGAUCACACCGAGGCAUUCUACUUCUACCCUGCAAAGCUCCGAUCCACGAGCACCAGCGAUGGCGUCGGUUCGGGGAUCGGUGAAGGGGAGCCCGAGUCCGUCGCGGCAGGUCCUCGCCUUGCUGCCCGGCGACGGCGGGAGGGUCCCGAGAGGCUACGUGCCCAUGGUGCUCGUCGGCGACGACGAGGGAGACGGCGAGGAGCGGCGGAUCAUGGUGCGCGUCGAGAUGCUCGGGGAGCCGUGCAUGGCGGCCGUUCUGGAGAUGGCCGCGCAGCAGUUCGGGUACGGCCAGCGAGGCAUGCUCAGGAUCCCCUGCGGCGCCGGCCGGUUCCAGCAGAUGGUCGGCGUCGCGUGCGAAGCUAGAUAGGAGUAGACCAGAUGUACAGACGCACGCAUUCGUGCUGCUGAAUCUGUUUAUUCUUUGGUUCAAAUCUCUUCCGGUCCUCGCGGUGUACAGAUGGAAAGAAUCUGCAUAUAUAUAGAUUACCAUGGAUUCGUUUUCAUCUCCCAAGCUUGCGUGUAAAUGUUGGUACAACUCACUGAUUCCAGAAGAGAUUUGCGAAGCGAAAUCGUGAGGCGGGAUUAUCCUAUCCCAUAGAUACAUCAGAAAA